UAAUUAAUGAGCUGCAGGGCGCAGCUAGCUAGCAUGUGCAUUGUGCAGCCUGCAGCCUGCAGGUUUGUCGCAAUCAAAGAAGCUCUGUAUCAAAAGGUGCCCAAAAAGGUUUUCUGUGUAGAAGCCAUCGCUUCUUAAACCGGAGUCAUGAUGGCGGUUGGGACCACCGGGGCGCACGGAGCACUGACACCUGCUCUGCAUAGACCAUCAUAUCGAUGGCAAGAGAACAAGCUGUCUGCUUCAGCUCCCACUGUGUCAGAUAUUCUGCAUUGCAAAAGUGCGCUUCAUGCUGGAGGACAAUUCUGGACUGGGGGCGUCCUUCGUGCGAACCGGCAUCCUGGGGCUAGGGGACGACAGCAUUGCAAGGCACAUCGCGUAUGCAGUCAGCAAUUGGAGCAUUCUCCUUCCUGUGGCAGAACUAGGAUCACUGCAAGGCUCGAUAAAAAUUCUGUCCGCACACAAAAGUCCACAGAAAGAUCCGGUUCUGACCGGUUCCGCAAAGACUCAGGACGCCACGAGAAGCCACAUUGGCUGAAAUCAAUGAGCAGGCGAGAUCUCAUUUUGGUCGGUUGCACCACUCCUCUUAUCGCUUCAUCUUUGGCGCUACCACGAUCAGGAAAAGCCUCUACUGAGCUUCAAUCAGGCUCCAUAACACCAUCAAUAGAUCUGCGGAAAGCAGAACCGCAGCAAGUGCAGCUAGUCAUAAGUGACGGGUGCGGUUUGGGAGUGUCAAUCUAUCCAGACUUUGAGUAUAAUGCUGGGGGGAAGGGCGGCGUUGGCACCGCCCAGAAAGAGAGCGACGGCAGGAUCUUUGUCCGGUUUGACCCGGCCACCUUGCAAAUACCUCCAGUACAAUUCAGCACCACAAAGUUUCUGAAACUGCCGCUGCCACCGCCACUGAGAAUCGAGAUCGUGUCAAAGAAACUUGAGGGGUACAUAGAACCCGAAACGGGGAAGGUCGAGUUGGACUUUCUGGCAGAGUUCCUGUUCACGAUCGGGCCACUGUACAAAGCCAAGCCGCUGAUUGUUGGAACCACUUUGACUACGGAAAGCUCUCAAGGCCCACUACGCAGUGGCCAAGGUCAACGGCUUGACAGCAGCGGCCGCUGCGUCCUUGCGGGCGUUGCACGUGUUGUUCCGGUUGACGAUCCCCUCCUCGACCCGUUCCUUAUGUUGCCCACUGACUGCCUGGCCCGACUGCCCGCCCAAUUUAUCUUCACCAAUCAAGCUUAGCUUAACGUGAGCAAACUCGCUAGCUGGCCCGAUUUGUGGCUGCAGUAUCUUUCGACUCGUUGUUUUUGAACGAGACAUACAUCAUCAAUAUGUGUACGCCCAUAGACUUUUGCAAGCAAUGACGGGGUCGAACGCCCAUGACGAUUGCAUGGGCGUUUGCCAGGCGCCAUGAAUCUCCA